UCAACUUCAAAAAUGUUUGCACGACUCUCUACAUUCAUUGCGUUUGUAGUAUUCAGUGAAACAUUGGUGUUAUGUGAUAAGUAUGCCAACAAAUUUAAUAAUAUUUACGGAUGCAAACAGGCGAAUGCAGUGGUCAAUUACAACCACCCCACGGAUUUCAUUCCGACGGAAAACUUCGAAAACAUCGGUGCCGGAAUAAAUUCAACUUUUAUCCGAUUGGGUAUACUUGGAAAAAGUGAUGCUAUAAUUCGCUUGUCUAAAAAGGCCAUGCCAUACAACAAAGACACUUUACAUGAAAUUGUGUUGGGUAUGUCAUCGAACCGGUUUACUGAGGUGAGACGUCAAAUUCGAAAUAAUGCCCACCACCAUCAAAAUCACGUGCUGAUUAAGGUACCCACACCGAACGUUCUAUCCGAGCUAGAACCGUUUGUGAUGACGAUCGAAUUUGAACGCAGUGGUACUGUCCGAUUGACAAGAGAUGGUGAAACAGCACCGUUUCUGGAGUUUUCCGAUCCGAAAGCAGAGAUAAGCUAUAAUUACUUGGGUUUCUCGAACUGGCUGUCCAAAAUGAUCUACUUCUUCGAUUGUCCUGUUUAUAAUUUUGAUUUGCGGUUUGAUAAUAUGGUUUUGGAGAAAAGUUGAUAUUCAUAAUAUAAAAAUUAAAAAAAAAACGAUCAGAACCGCGCAUAUGUUUAACGAAGUAUGGCAUAAUAUACUUAAGCGUAAGGUAAACCGAGGUGAGUUGAAACAGAGCAGAGUUCAAACACUGCCCAUUGCUAGCAAAAC